AUGGCGGAUGAUAAUGCGACUACGGAGGAGGCUCCUAUCACCUUCACUGUGAAGUCCUCCACUGAUGCCAAGUUCACCCUCACUCUUCCUCUUUCUACACUUGUCUCGGAGCUCAAGGAGAAGCUCUCUAGCUCUGAGUAUGCCGACACCCCCGCGGAACGUCAGCGCCUGAUCUACUCUGGUCGAGUACUCAAAGAUAAUGAGACACUCGAGACUUAUAAGAUCAAGGACGGCCACACAAUUCACUUGGUCAAGAGUGCUGCCAGCAACCAACAACGCUCGAAUGCACCCGCUCCAUCUACCUCCACGCCAUCAGGGGCAGGCACUACUGCCCCAAGCCAACCCGCUGCUGGUGUGCCGACCAAUCUCGCUGCUGGUACUGGCAAUAAUCCUCUCGCUGGUCUGACUGGUGCUCGAUAUGCCGGCUUCGCUCAACUCCCCGGAGCUGGCCUCUUUGGCCCUGAUGGUGGGAUGGGCCCUCCCCCGGAUAGCGAAGCCAUGUUGAGCAUGCUGGAAAACCCCCAAAUCCAAUCCCAGAUCAACGAGGCGCUACAAAAUCCCGCAAUGAUCGAUAUGAUGAUUCAACAGAACCCCAUGCUUCGCGAUAUGGGCCCCAUGGCCCGAGAACUGAUGCAGCGACCUGCAUUCCGUCGUAUGCUGACCGACCCAGCGUCCCUCCGUCAAAUGAUGCAGAUGCAGCGGGCAAUGGGCGGUGGCGGCAUGGGUGGCGGUGAUAGUGCUUUCCCGGCCCCUGGCGUGACCAACACAACCGAGGGCGCCCAGAAUACUGAGCAGCAGCAAAACACACCGGUCAAUCCAUUCGCCCAAAUGCAAAACCCAAUGAUGGGGGGAAAUCCGUUCGCUGCUCUGUUUGGUGGUCAGCCCUUCGGGCAACCCCCCGCCAGUGCCGGCACUCCUGGAACCAACCAGACGGAGGGUGCUCAAGGAGCCCAGAACACUGCAGCCCGGUCUGCGACUGGAGAGGGUCAGGGCCAGACUCCCGAGGCUGCUCAAAACCCUUUCGCUUCUCUCCUGAACCCAGCCCUGUUUGGCAAUGCUGGGCAAGGCGGCAUCAACCCAUUCGAUCCCCAGCAGAACCCGUUCUUGCGCGAUCCCGCUCUUAUGAACCAGUUGAUGCAGGGGAUGGGAGGCCCGGGUGCCGAGGGAGGUGCCGCUGGUGCUAACCCACUGGCAGCUCUGUUUGGAGGCGGUGGUGGCUUCGGUUCUCCACAGCCUGCCGAUAACAGGCCCCCGGAGGAGAGAUACGCCGACCAGCUUCGGCAAUUGAACGAUAUGGGUUUCUUUGAAUUUGAGCGAAAUAUUGAGGCUCUGCGUCGUUCGGGUGGCAGCGUUCAAGGAGCCGUUGAGUACCUCCUUACCCAUGGAUCAUAA